UUUCAUCCAUAUUCUCCUCCACUUCCACCUUCAACCCCCGCUAACAGAACGCUGCAACUCCACCACAUACUCUUGAACGCAUACGAGUCUCUUUUUCAACCAUACCGAAGGGCGGACAGUAAGCGGCCAUCAUGGCGGGCAUCCUCGAUCAGCGCUUUGACGACGACGAGGAAGAGGAUGACUUCAAUCCCGAACCUGAGCAAGGCUCCGAACCUGAUAUUGAUGAGAAGCCUGCGGCUAAUGGUGAUGCUGUCCAUGAUUUGACUGAAGAUGGCGAUGGCGUGCCAACGAAGGCUAAGGAGCGUGACGAUCUAGAGGUGAAGGAUGAGGAUGAAGACGAGAAAGACGAUGACGACGAUGAUGCUGAAGAUGGUAUUGAUGGUGCUGAUGGUGCGGCUGACGAGGAGGCGGAGGAAGAUGAAGACGAAGAGGACGAGGAAGAAGAUGAAGAUGACGAUGACAUCGAAGGCCAGCCCUCCCGAAAACGGCGAAGAAAGCACCGCCGCAACCAAUUCAUCGACGUGGAAGCCGAAGUCGACGAGGAAGAUGAAGAGGAACCGGAAGAGGACGAUGACCUGCCCGGCGAGGAAAUGCAUCCGGACGACCUCCAAGAGUUGCCGCCGGGUGCCGACCGCGAUGAUCGGAAACAUCGUGAGCUCGACCGACAACGCGAAGCCCAGUUCCACCUCAAUGCGGAAGAAGAAGCGGAACGGCUGAAGGAGCGCUACGGCCGGCAGUCACGUAAUAAGGGACCUACUGGCGCCGUCGUGCCGCAACAACUCAUGCUUCCGGACGAAAAGGGACCCAAGAUCUUCCGUAUGCGGUGUAAACCCGGUAAGGAGAGGGAAGUUGUUCUGAACAUCCAGGCUCGCAUUCUGGAGCGCGCCAACUCCCGCGAGCCGGUUACUAUUCUUUCCGCUUUCGAGCGGUCAAAGCCCCAUUCGAGCAGUAGUAGCACGGGACCGAACCCGAUGGCUGGUAUGCUAUAUGUCGAAGCGAACCGCGCGGAGGAAGUGAUAGCGGCAUGUGAGGGGAUUAACUUCGUCUUCAUGAGCCACAAGCCGAUGAUGGUGCCCGUGGGUGAUAUGCCGGCUUUGCUUAAGACACAGAAGGAGAAGCAGCUCGAGCCGGGCAUGUACGUGCGCGUGCGCAGAGGGCUGUAUAUGGGUGAUCUGGCGCAGGUGCACGAUGUGGAGGCUAAUAGUACUGAUGUCACCGUCCGCCUUGUGCCACGUCUUGACUACGGGCUGAAUGAGGAUGUCAACGCGCCGGUGGAAGAGAUCUUGCCGAAUGGUCAGAAGCGGAAGCGCACGAAAGCGCAAGUUCAGCGGCCACCGCCUCGUCUGUUUAGCGAGAUUGAAGCGCGUAAGAAGCAUGCGAAGUACCUAUCCCGACAAGGCAAUCUCAGCGGGAAUACGUGGACGUACCAGAACAAAGAGUACGUUGAUGGCUUUCUGAUUGAGAGUUUCCGCCUGGGCGCAUUGCAGAUCGAGGACGUCAAUCCAACGCUUGAAGAAGUCACGCAUUUUGCAACUUCAAGCGGCGAGGACGGGGGCGAGAAUCUCGACCUUGCCGCUCUGGCUGCCACGCUGAAGAAGAGUUCCGCCGGCGAGUUCCUACCCGGGGACCGAGUCGAGCUGUUCCGCGGCGAGCAGAAGGGCGUCACGGGUGAGAGCGUACAAGUCUACAACAACAUCGUCAAGAUCCAGGUCGAUCCCGGCUUUGGGUCGCUUUCGGGGAAAGUCAUUGAAGCUAGCAUCGACACUCUGCGCAAGAUGUUCCGCGAAGGCGAUCAUGUCAAGGUCAUCGGCGGGAGCAAGUACGUUGAUGAAGUUGGUAUGGUGGUGCGAAUGAAGGACGACCGGGUCACGAUCUUGACGGAUGCCGAGCAGAAGGAGAUUACGGUCUUUAGUCGCGAUUUACGGGUAGCUACGGACUCCGGUGGAGCAGCGAUGGAUAGUAAGUACGACCUUUUCGACCUCGUUCAGCUGGAUGCUGCGACGGUGGGUAUCGUCGUGCGGGUUGAUCGCGAGAGUCUGCGCGUGCUGGACCAGAACGGUAUGGCCAAGACACUUCUACCCAGCGCCAUAGCGAACAAGCUCGAGAAACGACGGACGGCUGUCGCCACGGAUCGUGACGGCAACGAGAUGAAGAUGGACGAUACGAUCAAAGAAUACUCCGGCGAGCAGAAAACCGGCCGUGUGCUGCAUCUGCGCGGUAACUCCGUCUUCGCUCAAAACCGCGAACGCACGGAAAACGCCGGUAUCUGGGUCGGCCGGCACUCGAACGUCCUCGUCGUCGCGGCAAAAGGCGGCAAACCAGCCAACGCAGGCGUGGAUCUUACGAAAAUGAACCCAGCGCUCGGGAAACCGAACGGUGGCGCCUCUCCCAUGCCUCCGCCGCAGUCGAAAGGUCGGGAUCGGUUGAUUGGCAAGACGGUCAAGAUCCGUAGCGGGCCGAAUAAAGGUAUGAUUGGGAUUGUCAAAGACGCUGGCGCCGAAGAGGCGAAGGUGGAGUUGCAUGCCAAGAAUAAGACGAUCCCCGUCAAGAAGGAUAUGCUUGCGCUUAUUGACCCGGAUAGCGGGAAGAUUAUUCAGGGCGGGAUUCAGAGUCUGAGUAUGGGCAAACCGCCGCCGGCGGCUAUGCCGAGUUACGCUAUGGCUUCUGGUGGUGGGGGCCGGACUCCGGCAUAUGCGGCCGGGAGCAGGACGCCGGCGUAUGCGAGUGGUGGGUUGAGUGGUGGUGCGAGGACGCCGUCGUGGAAGCAAGAUUUGGGGUCGCGGACGCCGGCGUUUGGGGUUGGAGGUCAAACGGCAUAUGGUGGGUAUGGAGGUGGUGGUGGAGGUGGGCAGACGGCGUAUGGAGGUGCUACGAGUUAUGGUGGGGCGACGAGUUAUGGUGGGGGGAGCGUUUGGGGUGGAGGCGGAGGAGGAGGGGCCUCAACCUGGAACCCUUCCGGUGGCCGCACGCCCGCGCCCUCCGGCUCGAAGACGCCCGCGUACGGUGGCCUCGAAGCGCCGACACCGGGUCUCUCUGCUCCUACGCCGGGUGGCUACCAAGAUCAGCCUACGCCUGGUGGCUUCCGAGAUCAGCCGACUCCUGGAGGGUUUAGAGGUGCAGGCGGGAGUUAUCAGACUCCUGCUGCGUAUCAGACGCCGGGAGGCAUGAUGCCGGAGACGCCGGGUGGGGGUGGGGAUGAUGGACCAGGGUAUGAUUAGAGGUGCUGUGAGGGGCGUUUUUGACGAGCUUGGGAGCCGUCUCAUGCAAAUAGCAAGGCUUGUAUCACUAUAGGGUAGAAAGAGAUUGUAUGAUGAAGAAGGUGG